UUAAACACACUUAUUGGACGUGACGACUGGUAUAAAAGAGGAACGUGUCGGUUGUCAUGACCAUAACAAACUAUCGUACUGAAUCUAAAACAGCAUGAAGUUUAUUAUUCUAGCUCUAGUCAUUCAAACGGUUGCAUCCUGGGAUCCGGUGGAUCCCGAAGAGGCACUGUUCACCUAUACAAGAUGCAUAGAAGAAUUCUCCAAGAAGGCAUCGAAUCCAUCUGUUGCACUGAUGAAUUGGAAGUCCUGGAAACUGGAACCGGCCAACGAACUUGCCACGAAAUGCUACGUAAAAUGUGCGCUUGUGCGGUUGGGUUUGUAUGAUCCUGUCGCAAAUGCUUUUAAGCCGGAACGAAUCGACCCACAGUGGGAGAAGUAUCGGAAGUAUGACUUCGUAGACGAAAACAAAGUUCAGGCCUAUAAGAACGCGCUUCAAAGCGUAGCUCAGCCUGCCAGCGACAAGUGUGAGGAUAUAUUUUCGGCAUAUCAAGCGGUACAUUCAAAACAUGUGGACACUUCACGAAAACUUUUCCAUGGCUACCCUGAAAAUACAGCAGUAAUAUACAAGGAUUUGGGAAGAAACAUCCGACAGAGAAAACAGUCAUAUUUCGUGUUCUGUGAGAAUAAAUACUAUCUCGAGGGUGCAAAUGAACGUAAUAAAUUAUGCGAUAUCAGAGCAUAUAAAGUGUUUGAGAAAGAUGAAACCUACAAACAGUUAUUGAUUUGUAUAUUCCGAGGAUUACGUUACCUAACUAAUGAGAACAAAAUUAAUGAAACUGAAAUCGUCCGAGAUUUUGUACAGGUGGGCAAAGAUGAGAGUAAAAUUCAACAGCUAGUGAAAAAAUGUGGCACAGGCGCUCCGGCUAAUGACGAUAAGUCCCUUGUGUUGCAUUACUACAAGUGUCUGCUCGCGGAUCCACUGAAGGAAGACUUUAAGGAAGCUUUCAAUUAUCGUGAACUCAGAUCGGAGGACUACGCGUACAAGCUGAGGCCCAACACGCCACCUUAUUCGAAGGCCGUCGUCGAUGCUCGUAUGGCUGAAAUAGACGAUUUUCAGUGCCCUAAGUCUUCGUAAUGAUGCACGUGGUUUGGUCAGCCGAAAUUAAGAAAUGUUAAAGUGCUGAUAUUAUAAAAAAUAUAGAAGACCAGUUUGAGAAUUGAUUGGCUUAAUUAAUCAAAAUAUCUAAAUAUUCUAGUACGUUAUUGCACAAAUAAAUUGGUAUGACAAAAUGA